UCAUGCACCUCUCUUGUUCAUCAAUAAGCUUGCUCCACAGCCCCAAUCAAGAUUUGUGUGUAGUGGAUGAUCAAGCAGUCUCUGUGCACUGUGAAUGGAGCUCAUCGUUCUACGACUCUUCUUUCUCUUUUCCCUCUCAGUUUUCUUCUUCGGUUCUCCUUCAAACACGCAACUAGACCAGUUCUGUGAAGAUGGAAUUGGAUUUGGUGAGUCCCAGUGUGGAAUAUCAUCCCGGUCUUCGACAAAGCUCUUGAUCAAGGGAGGAACCGUUGUAAAUGCUCACAAGCAGGACAAUGCUGAUGUUUAUGUGGAGGAUGGGAUUAUUGUAGCUGUAGAACCUAAUAUCAAGGUUGGUGAUGAUGUCACUGUAGUUGAUGCGACUGGAAAAUUUGUCAUGCCAGGAGGAAUUGACCCUCACACACACCUGGAUAUGGAGUUUAUGGGUACAGAGACAGUUGAUGACUUCUUCAGUGGUCAGGCUGCAGCAUUAGCCGGUGGAACGACAAUGCACAUUGACUUUGUUAUACCAGUUAAUGGAAAUUUGAUGGAAGGCCUUGAAGUCUAUGAGAAGAAAGCUAAGAAGUCAUGUAUGGACUAUGGUUUCCAUAUGGCAAUUACCAAAUGGGAUGAAGUUGUUUCAAAAGAAAUGGAAACAGUGGUUAAGGAGAAAGGUAUCAACUCUUUCAAGUUUUUCAUGGCAUAUAAGGGUUCUUUUAUGAUCAAUGAUGAGCUUCUAUUAGAAGGAUUGAAGAAGUGCAAGUCUCUAGGUGCCUUGGCUAUGGUCCAUGCAGAAAAUGGAGACGCUGUAUAUGAAGGGCAGAAAAGAAUGAUAGAACUUGGUAUUACUGGUCCGGAGGGACAUGCUCUUUCUCGGCCCCCAGUGUUGGAAGGAGAGGCAACUUCUCGGGCAAUUCGUUUGGCAGCUUUUGUGAACACGCCUCUCUACGUAGUUCAUGUCAUGAGCAUCAAUGCGAUGGAAGAAAUUGCUAAAGCUCGAAAAUUGGGGCAGAGGGUUAUUGGGGAACCGAUACUUUCUGGCUUACUCCUUGAUGAGUCUGGGCUUUGGGACCCUGACUUCACCAAUGCAGCAAAAUAUGUGAUGAGUCCCCCUAUUAGGGCAUCAGGACAUAGCAAGGCUCUACAAGCUGCUCUUUCAACGGGAGUUCUCCAGCUUAUAGGAACUGAUAACUGUGUGUUCAACUCCACUCAAAAAGCAUUGGGGGUUGAUGAUUUCCGGUAUAUCCCAAAUGGUGUCAAUGGUAUGGAGGAGAGGAUGCAUCUAGUUUGGGAUAGCAUGGUGGAAUCGGGUCAAAUUUCUGUCACUGAUUACGUGCGAUUAACAAGCACUGAAUGUGCUAGAAUCUUCAAUAUAUAUCCCAGAAAAGGAGCAAUUCUUGCUGGAUCUGAUGCAGAUAUAAUCAUAUUCAACCCUAACUCGAGCUUUGAAAUAAGUGCAAGUUCUCACCACUCUAGAUCGGAUAUAAAUGUUUAUGAGGGUAGAAAAGGGAAGGGAAAGGUUGAAGUGACAAUUGCUGGGGGUAGAGUUGUUUGGGAAAAUGAUGAACUCAAGGUUAUUCCUGGUUCCGGAAAAUAUGUUAAAAUGCCUCCUUUCAGCUAUCUUUUCCAUGGGAUUGAUAAGGCAGAUGCCUUGUACCUAUCAUCUCUUCGUGCUCCGGUGAAGCGUUUUAAAUCCACCACUUGAAAUCCCAGUGAGUAGAAUGAAUACUUUUCCUUUUUGGCUUAAAGUGGUAGAACGACUCAAAAGUUGGUCAAGUUUGAACAAAGAAAGAUAAUGGCUGGUUUUCUUAAUUAAUUGCUCUGUAUCUAGCUCUGUGAAUUGUAUGCAUAAAUGUUUUUAUAGAUGUACAUACAUAAAAACAUGCAAGGUCCAUGUUUCUCCGGUUAACUUCACUAUUUGAAUCGUUCUCUGGAUUAUGCAUGUGGUUUGUAAUUUAUAGUUUAUAGUUUAUUUUGAGUUCUCUGGAUUA